AUGAAGGGGACUGAGGGAAGCGGGAGGAAGAGGAGGGAUGCAGCCAAGGCCCUCUGGCUCCUCAGCCUGCAGCUCAAACUCUGGGCAGUAGGGUUGUGUACGCCAGGGCCAGGGAAGGGGGCAGGGCAGGGGGUGAACCCCCAGACUUCAGAACAAGGCAGCACCCCUACUGCCUCACCAGCGUGCCAAACCUGCUCCAGCAGCAGCCCGGGCAGCAGGUGCCUCGGUGGGCAUGGUCCCCGUGCCCGGCAGUGUCUCCAUCUCUGGCCCCACGGCCGACCCGGAGAAGCGCAAACUGAUCCAACAGCAGCUGCGUGCUCCUGCUCCACGCCCACCAAGUGCCACGCGGCGCGCAAGCCAAUGGGGAGGUGCGGGCCUGCGCCCCUGCCACACUGCCGCACCAUGAAGAAUGUCCUCAACCACAUGACCCACCUGCCAGGCCGGCAAGUCCUGCCAGGGUCAGUACUGGGGGGGGGGGGGCAAGGUGAGCCUGAGGGCUUGGUGGAGCUCUCUAGAACAGCUAAGACGAAGGAGAGAGACUCCCUUGGGAGCACAGUGUUUUAUAACCUCAGACACCUUCAGGCAGGGAAGAGAGUAACCAGCAG